AUUUACCACUGGCCUACUGGAUCCUUUCUUUGUUCUCUAUGUUAGUGAUAAAUUGUAGAAUUAAACAAAAUGCAGGCUGUUAGAUGAAUAAAUGGACAAGAAGGACACAUCAUCUCCCUUGCCUGGAUCAGGCCUGUUUGAUCCUGCAGCAUUACUGGGAGCAUCCCCAUUCAGCUCUGGUCUAGCUGCUGCGCUGCCGUUCGCCCAUCUAGGGCACCUUCCGGCCUCAUUCUCCAUGAUGGGCCACCCCACCUUUCCUGUCACCUCACUGUUUGGCCAUCUCACAGAUGGACUCAUGAGCCCUCUUGGCAUGCCCACCUCCAUACCUUCCAGUCUGAGCUCAACAUCUGGUUUUAGUCUGUUUUCUCUGCCAUCACCAGUAGCGUCAUCAUCAGUGGCAAAACUUUCAUUCAGCCCGUCAUCUUCAACACUCUGCACAUUUUCCUCGUCUGCAACAUCUCCACCAUCCAAGUCUCAACCUUGCAGCCAGAUGAGCCCCCUGGAGGAUGGAUUUAAGUCACGAGAGAGAAAGGCCUCCCACAGAAGUAAUGGCCAGGGUCUUGGUUGCCUUGGCGGUCCAAAUGGCCGCACCUUGGGGCUCCACAGCCCACCUGGUUUUGGAAGCCAAACAAACUUGGGAAAUUCACAUCCAUUAAGGUCAAGGUCAGGGUCAUCAAGGUCCCGAGGGUCAGGGCGUGGUCGUAGGUCAGGUGGGCGGGGCAGGGGGAGAAGAAAACCUGCUUUACCGCUGUCACUUGUCCAGUCUACCUCACUUCUGUCACCUUCAAUGCUGGAGAAGUUUGCAAGAAAGCAUCUAGAGGAAUCAAGUUCAGGUGGAAGUGCAGAACAAGACCCAGCAGAUGGUAGUGGAGUAUCUAAUCUUUUUGAUGUCAACUUUGAGUCUGCAUCCCAAAGUAGAUUUACAAAAUCAACAAAAAGUUCAACGAUCAGAAAAUCCCCACCUCAAAUUAGCAUCAAUGAUGAUCUUACCACAAUGUCCCAAGGUCAUGUUCAUAUUGACAGUUUCAAAAGGAAGUUAAUUGCUGAUCAAAUUCGACAAAAGAUGGAGAACAAAUCAGGCUUACCAUUGUUUGGACUUGGAACAGAAAGUUUUGUGUCACUGUCAAAAAAACGAAGAGGUCGUCAACCAAGGAUCUCCAGUGAUGACGAUUGUGAGCUGACACCAGAAGAAUUGGAGGAGGAGGCUAGGAUUCAAGCAAGACUUAAGAGAGAACUGGAACUGGAGGUGAAACAGAAAGAGAUAGCCCUGAAGCUUAUCACUAAGUCUGUGGAGCAGUCCAGGGGCAGAGGUAAAGGUUAUGCAACCAAGUCACAUAACCAGCUCAAUGGCAAACCUACAGAGGAUUUGAAUGGAGCAAAUGUGGGUGAAACUGCAUUUGAGGAAGAUAAAGGCCACCAGGGAAAGAUAAAAGACUUGGUGCUAGAUACUGACAAUGGGGCUGCCUCAAAUAUCGACUCUAACGAACACGAUGUGAGUGGUAGCGGUUCUGGUGAUGAUUACACAGAGGACUCUGGAGAGGAUACGGGAGAGGAAAGUGCACUGAGGACAAAGAGGAAAUGCCUUGCCAAACAUGAGAAUGGCAGGCCCAUUAAGCGUCGUCAUGUGGUGUUGGAUGAUUUUGAGAUCCGCGUUCCCCUGGAGAAGGGCUGGAAGAGGCAAACCAACAUCCACUCCUAUGGCCGCCGGGGCAUUGUUGGGGAGGUGUGGUACUUUGCACCCUGUGGCAGGAAGAUGAAAACCAUCCCUGAUGUCAUGAGGUACAUUGAGAGGAAUGGAAUUACAGACCUUGGUAGAGGGCACUUCUCCUUCAACACCAAGGUCAAUGUUGGCGAGUUUUAUGAGGCCAGAGUUCGUGGAGGUGAAAAUGGGUUUGUAAAGCUGACAGACUCAGAAAUACAAGACAGGCUGUCAGUGACAGUUAGCAGGCGUCUGAAGAAAAUUGAGAAUCAGAAAAGGCAGGAAAAGCUCAGACUCCAUCAAAGCAUGGCCAGACAAAUGAUUGAAAGCAGGAUGAAACAGAAAAUGGAACAACAAGAUAUGGCCCGUAAGGUGGCAGAAAUGCAGUUCCAGAAAAGGAUGCAGCGAGAUCAGCAGAAGGAUCUCCUUAAACGUGCCAAACAGCUCAAAUUGUUGGAGAAGAGGAAGAAACGUGAGCAUGAACGUCAGCAGCGUGAGGAUCAGGUACGAAUCAAGCAGGAGUUGCGUGCCCACCAGCUUAUUGAGGAGCGGGAGAUGAAAAGACAACAGGUGACCUUGCUGAAAGAACAGAUGAGAAUGAGACAGGAGCAGGAUCGACGACGGCAGCACAUGAUCCUGCUAAAGGCCUUGGAGCAGAGGAAAAAACAGGAGGAGCGAGAAAAGCAGCGGGAGGAGAGGAUGACUGAGCGCAGACUCACCAGGGAGAGAAAAGAGGAGCAGCGUAAGAUGGAAUUUGUCCUUGCCCAGGAGCUGAAGAAGCCUCGGGAAGACAUGGAGCUCCGUGACUCAAAGCUUCUGCCAGAUAUACCUCGAAUUCCCGGAAACCAUCUUGAUGGUGAAGCAUUUGCUGACUGUCUCAUGUCUUUGGAAUUCAUGCACAAUUUUGCAAAACCUCUUGGCUUUGAUGAUGAGAGUCUACCAACAUUGUGCAGCCUGCAAGAUGCUGUUUGCUGCAAGACAGAGGAAGAUGGGGAGGAGUAUCUGUCCUUGGUAACACACCUCCUUAGAUACGCACUUGAUGAUCCAGGGGUGCCUAAUCCUAAAGAGGCGGUGACGAAACUAGGACAGAAAAUCACAGACAUUGAGGUUACUGACGUGAUACUAGGGGAGGUCCUGCGAGUGUUCAUGGUUGUGAGGAAUGGAGGGGACACUGAGUUGAGUGAGUGUCUGCGUAACUACCCCCUGGAGGCAUGCUCUAUAAGACAAAGGGCAGCUGUGGUUGCCUUCCUCAUUAAUGAGCUAAACUGCAGUAAGAUGAUCACCAUAGAAAUAGAGAACCACCUGGAUGGCAUGGCAGACCUCAGGCGAGAUAAGUGGCUGAUCGAGGGGAAAAUCAGGAGGCUGCGUGUGUUGAGGAACAAGAAGUUCAAGAUUGGGCUGGCUGGGAGGCUUGAGGUGGGGGAGGACAGUGUCACAGUCAUGAGCAAACACAGCGAUGAUGAUGACGACAAGGAUGACAGCACUCAUGAAGAUGAAACCUUUAACGAACAAGAAACUGAUGAGGAUGAGCCGGGGAGCCUGGAGGAGCUGGAGAAGCAGAUGGAUAAGUUGCAGAAGCAGCAUGGCCAACUCCGGGAGAAGGUAUUUGAGAAAUCCCAGCAUGUACGAGGGAUAGAUUUGGGCCAGGACAGAUAUAAGAGAAACUACUGGAUUCUGCCCCAUGUUGGAGGUAUAUAUCUGGAGGGAAUGGAAUCUGGAAAAAUUAAAGAUGUGGUCCUCCCAAAGACAUGCAGUGAGAGAUCUGAAUCCAGAACUAAGAUUGAGGUCAUUGGAGAAAAAACUGAGAAAAAAGGCAUAUCAUUCUUUGGAGGUAUGUUGGAGAAAGUAGUAGGUGAUAUCAAGGAUAUUCAAGUUGAAGAUGGUUCCAAGGUUGUUGCUGAUAAUAAGUUGAAGUUGAGAAAAGAUGUGAAGGUUGAAGUUGAGAGUUGUUCCGAGUUUAACAUGUUAAAGGAUGAGAGACCUAUGAAUGGUUUGGUUAGGCUUAAACCAGACAUGGAAAAUGUUGAACUCAGUGAUUGUAACAAACAGAAUGAGAAAAUUGUAUCCAAUGGUGGUUUUGUUGAACAUGAAAUAGAAUGUGAGAUAAAACAUGAAGGGAAUAUAAAUGCUGCAGCAAUAGACAUUCCUAUUGAUAUAGAUAUAGUUAAAAAUGACACAUUACAUGAAGUUGAAAACAAGAUGAAGUGUGAACAAGAAACACCUCAAAAUAAUUUUGUCUCAGGAAACCGUGAUUUAGAAAACUUACCAAUUACAAAACAUGUUGAACUUAAAAUACCCAGUAUCAGGUCCAGUGCAAUAGAGGAGCAACAGUCAGAAACGACUACAGACUCUAAACUGUUUCUCAAUGUCCCACAGACAUUUUCAAUAUGUAAUUCCAGUGGAACCGAUUCCAUGUCUAAUAUUUCAUCAUUACCUUUAUGUUCAUUAUCAUCAUCAUUAUCAUCAUCUUUAUUUAUGACCUCAGACACAACUGUGACCUCUUCAUUGAACUUGACCUCAGCAUUGUUUUUGAAUACCUCAUUCACUGAUCAAAUGACUAAGUCCAUCGAUCAAAUUAACUCAUCUCUGCUUUCACCACUGAAUCCACCACCUGCCCACUCCCAGGAGAUUGUUCCAGAAAGAAAAGCAAGUUUUAUGAGCAUUGAAUCUAUUCUGGGUAAAAGUGAACCUUCUAGUCAAUCUGAUACUAAUUUAUUAAUUUCUCAAAGCAGUGUGUUACCAGUGAAUCCAUUCUCAACCCAGAUAUCUCUGGAAAAGACUUCAAGUGAAACACAUGUGAUUGACUCAAGACCGUGGUUUACUUUGUUACCAAGAGUUCCAUGCGAUGACAUGUCCCUCACACAAGGUCAGCACUCAUCAGGAAUGCUUAUUUCCCCACCAUUUAUGUCUCAACUGCCAUUCCAUCCAUUCUCUAUGACACCGUCAUUUUCUUCAUACCAAAUGGACCAUCUGUUUACCUCAGUUUCAUCUGUAACAGCAACAACAUCAGUAACACCUUCUAGUGUGAUGCAGUCUAAGGAAAAAAUGUCUUUCAAAAAACCUGAACCUGUCAGCAGCAGUCAGAACCCUGAAGAUGUCUUAAAAUCAUAUCAGGGUGAAGCCAAGCCAAUUCCAGAAGAGUUGCAGCGCGGGUGGUGGAAGGUGGUUGACAGGGAGCAGGUACAGGAGUUACAGCGCUGUCUCCAUCCCCGUGGCACUCGGGAACGUGACCUCCACAAACAAAUACAGAAGUAUGAGGAUUACGCUCUCGCCUGUUGCACCGUCGGCAAACAUGAUGUUUUAUGCAUGGAAUCAUCUUCAGAGGAGGAAAUUACUGAUGAUGAAGAUGAAACAGCAAACAUUAAAACCACUGAAAACCAUGACUCUCUAAAGAAUGGGAAUGAUCUUGAGCAAAAAAGUACAGCCAAUGACAGUGAUACCUCGGACAAAAACAGUGAAAAUAGUAUUGGAUGUAGACGUCAUCCUAAAAAUGGUUGUGAUGAAAAUCUUGACAAUGAUUUUAAUCUGGCGGUUAGAAAUAAUUCAAAGAUAGUCGACAAUUCUGUAGAUGAAAAAGAGCAAAAGCAAAAUAAAGAAAAUGAAGAGACAUCAAUUAAUGAAUUAGAUAAAAAAAAAUACAAAGCAACUGGUAAGAACAAAAAAGGAAAAGGAAAGAAACAAAAUCCUAUAAAAAAGAUGAAAAAAGUAAAGAAAGCUGCACCAACCAUAGACUGUAAAUCUAAAUCUGAUGAAGCAGACAGACUUGUUUUGGAAGAAGUUGAAACCCUAGAGGACAGGAUCGCUUCUGCCAGUCUGCAGAUAAAGGGAUGGAAGUUGGCACCAAAGACUUACAGUGAUGAGUCAGAUAUUCGUAUCAUUCCACGGAUAAAGGUGAAACAGGAUGAAAAUGACUGUUAUCCGAUCGAGGCUGCAAAGGAACGCCUGCUUCAGCUUGAGCUGAACAUUGAGAGAAGAUACUUGAAACCUCCCCUUUCUAAAGCCAGACACCGGCUCAGUCUGACAAGCAUGUCAUGUGUUAGCCAGCCUGCGGAAGUGUUCGAUGAUGCAGACUCCGAGGUGGACUUUGAGAACCUGCCCAUUGGUCUCCAGCUGUGGAGGAUCGCUGCCGCCACGGCUACAUCACCUGCACAGCUUAUGCUCUGUGUUGUCCAGCUCAACAACUGUAUUGCCUGGGAAAAGUCCAUCAUGAAAGUUCUGUGUCAGAUCUGUAGGAGGGAUGACAAUGAGGCAGAAUUAUUGCUGUGUGACGGCUGUGACCGGGGCUACCACACAUACUGUUUUAAGCCCCGCCUGGAGUGUAUACCAGAGGGAGAUUGGUACUGCUUUGAAUGUGUGGCCAAGGCUGUUGGUGAGUGUUGCUGCCUGGUGUGCGGGCGGAGGCUUGGGAAGAUGGCCGAGUGUAUUCACUGUAACCGUCACGUCCACAUAGAUUGCCUGCAUCCUCCCCUUCCAAGAGUUCCAAGAAAGUGGCAUUGUGCAGCAUGCAGUGACAAUGUAAAAGGAGCCGGUAAGAAGAGAGUGCGUAAGAACUCAUGUGCCAGUAUAACCACAACCUCCCAGCAGCCCACUCCAGGACCAACCCCAGAACUCACACCUUCUGGUCGUAAAAGGAGAUGUGACUUUGGGGUGCCAAGGAAACGCAAGUCAUCUGAAAACAGUAACAGCACAACAGAUUUUGACAUUCCAAGAAAGUUGUCAGAUGAGCCUGAUCAGUCUUGUGAUCAACUCCUGACUGAUACUGAGGCAAAGUCAGUCAGCAAGGACCAUUUAAGUGACCAAGAGAGAUUCAAACUGCAGGAGCAGUCCAACGACAUGCGGGUCUGCAGGACAAUGUUGACAGAAAUGAUGAAGCACGAGGAUGGCUGGCCUUUCCUUCAACCAGUUAACUGUAAACAUUUUCCCUCGUAUAGAAAAUACAUCAAGUCUCCCAUGGACUUCGGAACAAUGAAAAUAAAACUCAGGGAUCUUAUGUACACUGAGCGUAGUGAGUUUGUGAAUGAUGCAAGGCUGGUGUUCGACAACUGUCAGCUGUUCAAUGAGGAUGACUCUGAGGUUGGCCAAUGUGGUCACAACAUGAGGAAAUUCUUCAACCAACGCUGGAAGGAAAUACUUUUUGAGGCCAUGACUGAACAUGUGUAGAACUAUUUAAUUGUCUGAAAAGAAAACCUUUAUAAUAGGUUUUAUAUAUAGGCAUAUAAUUGCAUUUUCCAUAUCUGCUUAAAUAUCAUUUGAGCAGAAACAGCCUAUUUUGAUAACAUUUUACAUAGUUAAGAUAUUAAUGGCAUUGGUAUUUUAAGCAAAAAUGGGAUGCAUAUGGAUUGUAGCUGUUCAAACUGAAAUGUGUUUAGUCCCAUACAUUUGAACCCUCUAUCGUAAGCAUUUGUUAUUCGAUCUUAAACUGUUUAAAGCUAUAAUGUUUUGAAUAUACCCAGCAAUAUUGCUUCAAUCACAGACUUUAACAUAUCGGCCCUUUAAACAGUGUUUAAAUUUACUUUGUCUCUAACUCUAACAUCCAUUACAAAGUUAUGGUUAUACACUAAAUAAUUUCCCAAUCUGAAGUAGCAAUCUCAAACUUAAAUUUGGAGAGGGCAUCCUGGAUCACAUUGUGUACUUGGCAUUUAGUUAUAACAUUACUAUAAGUAAAUUUGUUCCCGAGUUCUUAGCUCACCUGAGCACAAAGCGAUUGGUCUAUAUCUGGUGUCAACAAUUGCUUAUAAACAUCAUCUCCUCCUAAACCACUUGGACAAUUGUGAUGAAACUUCACAGGGAUGUUUCUUCAGUGGUUCCCUUUCAAAAGUGUUCAAAGAAAUUAAUUCCAUGCCAAACUCGGGCAACACGGCAACCAAAAGGAAACAAAUCACAAAUAUUCUUGACAACAGUAGUGACUAGAGCUUAGACAUUGGGUGUGUUACAUUGUCUAGUUGCCCUCUUUCAAGUUUGUCCAAAUUAUGAUCCAGGGUCAAAACUGGCCCAGCCCUAGGGUUGCAAGUUUCUAACAUACUUAUUUAGGGAAUUCUUUAAAAAUCUUCUUGACAAAAACUUUGAGGACUAGAGCUAAUAUAUUUGGUGUGUUACAUUGUUUAGUAGUUCUCUACCAAGUUUGUUUAAAGUAUGCCAAAAAUAUCCAUGCCCGGGAGAUACAUGUUUCUUAUAAAGGUCUGAAACCACUUGGCCAAGACCUGUGAUAUUUUGUAUGUAGCAUCAUAAAGUGGUCUUCUAUGAAGUGUGUUCAAAUUAUAGUCCUACAUACAUAAAUACACCCAAUCUGAUAGUCUGUGUCAGGUUUUCCAGUUUCACUGUAUGUCAUCAAAGCACCUGUGCGUCUAUAAUUUUAAUGCUUGGGUAAAAAUGUCAUUCAUUUUAAUCAUAAAUUGGUGCAGUUCUGCAUAUCUUUGCACACAUUUCAAGUUCUGAUAGACAUUUUUCACCAAAUUUGGACAUUUUGCAUGCUUGAAUCAAUGCAGACAACUUAAUUAAAAAAUUUUUUUAGACAAAUGGGCAUGUGAAAACAAGGAAUUGGCUGAAUUGUGUUCAACUGGACAAGAUAAAAGCUUUUAAUAGCUAUAAUUUGCCAGAAAUGCAAGUACAAUACAUUUCUUGCCAAAAUCACACUUUUUAAACAAAGCAAUUUUGUCCCUUUAGGUUAUACACUACCAAUUAAUAUCCCAAUACAUUUCAAUGCAAACAGGCAAUACUUCAGAUUGGAAAACAUUUACGAAGCAAUAUAAGAGUUGCUAAUUUUUGUUUUUUAAAGAGUGCCAGGACAUCUUCUUUGAGGUCAAACACACACACACUUGAGGUCGUGCACAUUCACACAAUUGAGGUCACACAUUCUUGAGGUCACACACAGUCUCUUGAGGUCACACACACUCACACGCUUGAGGACACACACUCACACACUGGAGUUCACUGAGACUUAAGGUCACUCACAUUCACACACUGUAGGUCACUCACACACUUAAGGUCAAACACACACACUUAAGGUCACACACACGCACACACACUCACACACUUGAGGUCACACAUACUCAUACUUGAGGUCACACACACACACUCACACAUUGGAGGUCACACACACUGGAGGUCACUUACACACUUUGAGGUUACACACACUCACACACUUGAGGUCACACACUCUUGAGGUCACACACACUUGAGGUCACACACACUUAAGGUCACUCACACACUUGAGGUUACACACACUCACACACUUGAGGUCACAAAGACUUGAAUUCACACACGCACACACACAAGCACGCACGCAGACACGUAUGCAAGCUUGUAAGUGAGGUUGUAUUGGAUACACAUCCUGAGUGGCCUGUAAGUAAGUGAGGGCUUAUGGGAUACACACCCGGAGUGGUUGCAUAGCCUGUCCAAAUUUGCUUUUGCAUGGUAUGAAAUCACUGAGGGUGUAUCCCAUACAAGCUCAUGUACUACAUUGUAAUUGAUGAGCUUCAACUUUCAUUGAUAUCUUUACUUUCAAAGCAUCCUCAGAAAACAUUUUUUAUAUAUACACAGUUUCCAUUAGAUGUAGACGGGAAUCUUCUUUGAAAAUGACCCUUUAAAGAGAUAAAUGUUGUGACUUCAAUUGUUUUACCUGUUGUCCAUUAUAAAUUAUUGAUAUACCUUUUGUAUAUAAACCUUUCGUUUCUUAUUGUUGUUCUAGUUAUUUGUAAGCAUCACAUAUCAGGAGUAGAUAAUGUCAAUCACAUUUAACAGCAGCAAAACAUAUUUAUUAUUUUCCUGGUACCUGAAAAGUCAAUAAAGUAUUUUUUUGUUAGCAUCAGCUAUAUUUUGUGCUGAUAAAAAUUGAAGUAGCUAUUAUCCAUGCAGUGACAUUGUUUUUAGGCAAAAUGACUUGGUCAACUUUACCUGUGUGUGGUAAUAAUGUCUAGGCCAACUCUGUGUGUUGGCAUAAUGUCUAGGCCAACAUUUAUUGUGUGGAGGCAUAAUGUCUAGGCCAACGUUGUGUGGAGGCAUAAUGUCUAGGCCAACAUUGUAUGUCAGUAUAAUGUCUAGGCCAACAUUCAUUGUGUGUUGGCAUAAUGUCUAGGCCAAUUCUUUGUGUUGGCAUAAUGUCUAGGCCAACAUUGUGUGGAGGCAUAAUGUCUAGGCCAACUCUGUGUGUUGGCAUAAUGUCUAGACCAACAUUGUGUGGAGGCAUAAUGUCUAGGCCAACAUUGUGUGGUGGCAUAAUGUCUAGGCCAACACUGUGUGUUGGCAUAAUGUCUAGACCAACAUUGUGUGGAGGCAUAAUGUCUAGGCCAACAUUGUG